GAAAGCAAAAUCGACAUAUCGUUUGUCUGGCCUCACGAAAACCCACCUCUCGUUUGCAUAUAAUUUCGAUCAGAUCUGCACGAUCCGACCUGCUCCGAGCAUCCUGUUGCGCUUGUAUCAACACACUAUACUAUCAAUGUGGGUCUUACCUCCUUACCCUGUUUCUAACUCGCGUACUAUCCCAAAUCUGUUACGAGAAAUACGUACUACGAAACAUUUGCUUCUAAUCAACAUACCAAAUUAACCUGCUCAUACACCAUGUUUAACAAACGAGUACGGAGUACUGCCUCACAUCACGAUCAAUUAUUAAUAUUGCGAUACCCGGCCUGCCUCACCUAGUAAAUGCUAGAAAGUGGUCUAGUACUGUUAUUGUUGUCACACUUUGUGGAAUUGCAUGCCCUAUGUGCCGACCCUAAACUAAAGCCAGAGUACAAAGUACAACCUAUCUCUUGAAGCAAAAGUAGCAUCAACCAACGAUCAGCUAGCGCCUCGACAUUUGUCAUCGUUUCCACAGCAAAGCCAUAACCAAGUCCUCCCCAGCCAGCAAGACCAGACAAAUUAACCUAUGCACAUCCACACGAACAACAACAGAAUGCGACUUCUAACCUUCUGCGUGAAUUAUUCCUUCCCCAUUUCCAUAGGGAGAUUCACCGUCGUAGUUUCCGAGGUAGAUUCUAAAUCUUAUUCUACUACGAGUCUAUUUCUAAGUAGCAAAUAUAAAGGUGAGCUAGAGAACACGGUCGGUAUGUGUAGCUUGUAAAUCAUUAAUAUCCCAAGAUAUCGGCAUCGGGCACCAGAAGACAAAAGCUCUGCUCCACGGCCUCGAAUUUCCGAUGAUCCCAAUGAUCAGGCCUGACGCCUUGUCUUCUUUCCUUGAGAAGCAAGGGAUGGCGACGCACAUAAUCAGACGAGAAGACCCUAGUUUUGCUGUUCAUUAAAAAAAAAAAAAAGAGUCCGAAAAAAAUGCUCUGACUCGGCUAUAGAACAAACAGGCAGCACGUACGUACAAUGGAGAACUGAAAGCUUUACCUUCAUCUCUAUAUAUAUACGUGUGUGUAAAGAGCUGGCUUGCAACAGGAAGAAGAAAAAAAAAGCAAUGGCCCCGCUGUGGCGAAACAAGGUGGCUCUGGAUGCUGCAGCGGAUAUGGAGUCGGGGGAGUCUCUCUCGUUUGCUGGCCUGCUGUCGAUUCAAGAUCAGCAACCUGGAAAUCAAGAUUGUCAAAUGACCAAGAAGAAGAAGAAGAAGAAGCAGGAUGAUGAAGAGUUUGAGUUCAGUUGUACCGUGGGGGAGCCAGCAGGCAGCGGCCGUCUGCUGCCUCUCUUUGGGGUGUCCAUCUCAGCUGGGAAUGGGACAGAGAAGACUGCUGCCGUCGACAUAGUUCUCAUCUGCAGUGAGAAGAAACAGCCAGCUCGGAGCAACACUGUCGAAGGAAGGAAAGCCGGGGAGAAGAAGAAGAAGAGGCGGUCAUUCGGAGGGAGAAUGUUCCGAUCCUUGUUUUCCCCCUGCAAGGAAUGCCGUGCACAGAACUCCAUCGUCAAAGUUGCAGUAAGCUGAGGACACAGAUUUUUUUCCUGCAGUACUCUUUUUUUUUCCUCCAACUCGGCAUGGAUGUUCGUAUUAACUUCAUCACAUGGUUUUAUAUACACAGUAGGGUUUAGAUUUUAGGUACUAACAGGGCGUAGAAGAUUUUAGCAGAAUCAAGCUCUCGAGCUAGCCUUUUACUGUUUUAUCUUGAAAUGAAGCGUGCUGAAAGUAACAUUUGCAUCUCUGGAAACUAAAGAUGCUAUUGUUUCUCCUGUCUACUGACCUAAAGAUUUUGUCAAUUUGUUUCUAAUAUUCGUGUUUGAAGUAAGCAAUACAUUUAGGUCUGUGCA